AUGGCCAAUCCAGCGCGGUGUCUGUGUCGCAUCUUGAUCCAGGGUAGUCGACAGAUACCUGUGAAGCGGAAAUGCCAGCAACAAUUCCUCGUCCGGCACCGAGUCCCUGGUCCUUUUCGACAGUUCUCAACCACUUACCCGCGGAGAGCGGAUAAGCCAGCGAAGUCGGGCUCAGUCCGAGAUCUCGCGGAUAAUGCCGAAAACGAUGACCGUAGCGACCUGGUAGGCCCUGGGCCAAGUAAAUAUCAGACACCAAGAAUACCCAUCACUGUCGCCGACCUCGAUCCCGAAGAACGCGCCGACUAUGAUCUCUUAUCUGAAAAUGAAAGGAAGGAAUAUUUGGCCUUACAAAAUCACUAUGCCGCAGUGUUUGAGUCUGCGCAGGCUGAAGAGGCGUUGGAAGGACUUGUCAACGAGGUGGAUAGGACUGUGGAAAAAGAGGCUCCCGGCGUGGACUUUCCAGACAUACCGCUCCCUCGCCGGGACGAAGGAUAUUGGGCUUCGGACGAGGAUGAUGAAUUCGGUCAGGUUGAAGAUGAUGAAGAUUCUGCGGACGACUCCGCCAUCACUUCUGUCGCCCAUAGCGAGCUAGAGCUGCAUCGCGAGGUCAGAGAAUACACGAGAGUGAUUGCUUGGGACAUGCCACUUUUACAGCAAUUUGCAAAGCCAUUCAGACCGCCGACCGAAGCCACACCUCUCCGAUUCCGGUACACAACCUACAUGGGUGAAGUUCAUCCAGCGGCAAAGAAAGUGGUUGUUCAGUUCUGUACCAAAGACCUUCCCAACCUCACCGAGGCCCAACGCAUCAAGUUGGUCAAAUUGGUCGGUGUACGCUACAAUCCGGAUACAGAUGUUGUGAAGAUGUCUUGCGAGAGAUUUGAAGCCCCCGCCCAGAAUAAGCGUUAUUUGGGUGAUUUGGUGAACAAGUUACUCGAUGAGGCACGACAUGGAGGAGACACAUUCGAAGAUGUCCCAUUAGACUUCCGACACCACACCUCGAAGAAAGAAUACACUUUCCCUGAAGAAUGGAAAUUGAAACCCGCCCGGGUGCAGCAGCUGCUGACGACUAGGCAGAACCAGAGGCUGCUGGAGAUGAAGGACACAGCAACUCUAGAUGGAAAGGAGACGGUGAAGAGCUAUGUUCAAAAUUUGGGAAUAACGCUUUGA